AUGGCACGAGAGGGCACACGAUCUGCUACUGGCAGCUCCACACCGCGCGUCUUCCAGCAGGUUGACACGGCCCCUACUAUCAAGAGGAAGCCUGCGACCAAGAAGGCCGGCGCGAAGCCCACGGGUGUCACCAAGAAGACUGCUGCCCCUAAGAAGGAGAGCAGUGUUGUCAAGAAGGUCAAGGCUGCUGUCAAGAAGACCGAGGCCAAGGUCAAGAAGGCCACCACCAAGAAGACCGACACAAAGACAAAAGCCCCCAAGACCAAGAAGGCCGCCGUUGCCAAAUAG